CCGCGGGCUGCCACGUGUCUUUACUACCCCACAGCACGGAGCACAUUUGACGCUUUCUCCGCUGGAAAUCUGCAAAAGGUUUCCAGAGCCUCCUCCGUCUCCCCUCCUCCGCCGCCAUAAACGGAUCCAGGAUGGCGGCGAGCUCGUUGGACAUAGACGCCCCUCGGUGGGACCAGUCGACGUUUAUGGGGCGUUUGAAGCACUUCUUUAACGUCACGGACCCUCGCACCGCCCUCCUGCCCGACGCCCGGCUGGACGAGGCCAAGGCGCUGGUCCAGAGCUGCAGGGCCGGGUCACUUCCUCCCGGGACGACAGAGGAGCAGCUUUUUUACGCUAAAAAACUGUACGACUCUGCGUUUCACCCGGACACGGGCGACAGGAUGAACCUGAUUGGUCGGAUGUCGUUCCAGGUGCCCGGAGGAAUGGCCAUCACCGGCUUCAUGCUGCAGUUCUACAGGACGGUUCCUGCUGUGGUUUUCUGGCAGUGGGUGAAUCAGUCGUUUAACGCUUUGGUGAAUUACACGAACAGAAACGCAGCGUCUCCCAUCACUCCGAAACAGAUCGGAGUGGCUUAUGUCACGGCCACCAGCACCGCUCUGGCCACAGCCGUCGGACUCAACCUCUACACCAAGAAAGCUCCUCCCCUCGUCGCUCGCUGGGUCCCGUUCGCCGCUGUAGCCGCCGCCAACUGUGUGAACAUCCCCAUGAUGAGGCAGCAGGAGGUCCUGAACGGCAUCGCAGUCACAGACGAGAACGGAAACAAACUGGGAGCGUCAAAGAAAGCUGCAGUUAAAGGAAUCACGCAGGUGGUGAUCUCUCGAAUCACGAUGGCGGCUCCAGGAAUGAUUAUUAUGCCCAUUAUAAUGCAGAGGAUGGAAAAGUUCAAAUUCAUGCAGAAAAUCACGUUUCUUCACGGCCCGAUCCAGGUCAUGAUGGUGGGCGUGUUUUUAAUCUUCAUGGUCCCUGCUGCCUGCUCCAUCUUCCCUCAACAAUGUUCUAUGGCCGUGUCCAAACUGGAGCCGGAGCUCAGAGAAUACAUCGUGUCCAAAUACGGAGAAAGCAUCAAAUACGUUUACUUCAACAAAGGACUUUAAGACCGGACUAAACCUGGACUAAAACCCGGGACUUAAACCUGGGACCACGUCAGGACUGAACCUUUGUCAUCGAUUAUGGUGCUAAAAAUAGAGGUUACAAUUUGUUUUUUUGUUGUUUUUUUUAAAUCAAUGAACUAACGGAUUUAAAUGUUGUUGUUUUUUUCAAUUUUCUGAAGAAUCACAGUUGAAAUCGUCUGUAGUUGAGGAAUCAUGAACCAAAUCUACAUUGUACAGGCUUUACGAUAAAAAAAAAAAAAAAAAGGUGAAUUAAUACAUUAAAUCACGGAAAGUCCCUCUUCAGUGCCACAGCUGUCCUGGGGCAGACUGGCGGACACGUGGCUGCGGUUCUGUUCCUUUAGCCCUGCCAAACAGUUUCACUCUAAAGACGCAGAGUUUGUGGAACGACACACACGACGUAAACGAGUUAAGAUCAACUAUGGUUUUUACUGAUCAUUUUAAUCCUGUUUAUUCUUAAUUACAAUGUCCAAAGAGGUAUUUUACUUCUAUAGGGUAUUGAAGGGGGUAUUUUACUUCUACGGGAUUUUCAAGGGGUAUUUUACUUCCAGGGGGUAUUACAGAGGAGGUAUUUACUUGUAUGUGGGGUAUUAACUGUAACACAUCACAUUUAUAUCACCACGUUUCCUUUUAUUGUUUUAAAAAUGCUAAAUUCGCCUUAAUUAACGCAUCUAUUAACGUUAAAGUUUUAUAAGUCUCCCCUCCCUUAGCGCUCUGAAGGGGGGGUGACUUAGAGUGGAGAGCAAUCGCAAUAUAAUCGGCUGCAUCCCGCUAAAUAAAGAAAGAAAGAAAGAAAGAAAGAGGGAGGUAAAGCAGGAAAUAAGCGUCGAUAAAUGAAACGCUCCGGGGAAGUUUUCAAAUAGCAGAGGAGUCGUUUGUGGAGUCGAUUCUUCGGGGAAAAGUCCGGAUUCGGUAUUCGCUCGGUGAUCUUAGAAGUCGAGUAGACGGACGCGGAAACAAACACGUCUCCGGUUUGUUUUUCUGUGCGUAAAAUUAAAUUAAAAGGUUACAGUUUGGAGAAAUAGCGAUAGAAGACGAACUGGAGACACCAAAUUUAAUCUGUCAAAACUGAAACGACGUCACUGUCCCAUCGUAGAAUUCAAAUACUAAACAAAAACGAGGAAAUAUUUCGGACACUGUGUAUUUUGUUGUGCGUAAAAACAUAUAAAAAACAGUGUUAAGUGUAAUAUGUUUUUUUUUUUUUUGUUAGAUUAUAUGAAAUGCGGGGCCCCCUAAGACGAUUUUCACCCAGACCCCAGAAUUUGUAGCUACAGCCCUGGAUAUUAGUUUGUUUUUUGUGUUUUUUUUGUGGUUUUCUGUUACAAGUUCGUACAGUCGUUACCGUCGCCGUUGCCAUUGGUUUUGGGGGCGCCGCUGUCACAGAUUGAGUCUCACAUCCAUCAGUCCGUCCCAGGGCAGGUGUGGCUACAGAGAGGUGCAAGUCUUUGGUCAACUUUCCUCUAUUUUUUAUUAUUUUUUUUUUUGUCCGAAACCAAACACUAAACCACCUCAGGAAAAUCUCACAAC